AUGGGAUCAAUUGCUUCUUGUGGCUCUAGCCGUAAAAAUGUAAAUAAUGGUAUAUCACCUGUAAUAGAUACGGAAUUUCCAGAAGUAAAGAAUCAAGCGAUAACCUCUAAAGACCCACGCGAAGAGGACGGAGAUAACCAACUGCAAGCGACUGAUAUAAAUACUAGUAUAACUUUGGAUUCAUUUGAAGACACAAGCACAGCUUAUAAACAAUCAAAUGAAGUAGAUUAUGAUAUCUACAUUAGUUACAGCCCUGAUGAUACAGAAAUUGUAACUCCAAUUACUGCUUAUUUGCGGAAUCAUGGCCUUAAAUUUUGGCAUCUUAGGUAUGGUAGCGAAAAGUUAAAAGAUAAUAUCGAUAAAGGCAAAGCAAUUGUAAACGCAAAGGUGAUAAUAGUAGUACUCAGUAUAUCAUACAUUAAGAAUAAAGCAAAAGUGGAUGAAGUCUCUCUUGCCUAUAUCUCGAACAAACCUAUAGUACCGUUAUCUUUACGGUAUUUCAGAGAAAUCAAUCAAGAAAUGGGUUUUGCCCUAAAGUUAACUUUGUCCAAACUGAACUGGGUAUUCUUUUGCAAAAAAGAGCGCUAUGAUAAGGAAUAUGCAACAGUUUUAGAGGGCGUAAAACGAGAAAUUAGGAAAAUAAGCUCACAUGAUGAAAUUUUGGAGAAUCGAAGAGCAUCAUUUAUCGAAGAUGACCAAUUUAAUUUUCAAGAAGAAACUGCAUCUACAGUACAACAUUCAUCCAUGAGUAGUGCUAAGUCGAGUCUUGUCACGGCAGUAAAUUUUUGGGAUCGCCAUUUUCAAGCGCAAGAGACAACAUGGGUUGAAUUUAGAAAGGCGUUUGUGAGCGAUUACCAUGACGUUUUAAAGCGCGAUUAUCCGGAUGAUCGUCAAGAAUGGUUGCUUCAAGGAGUGAUUUGGAAAGAUAUUUUUACUAAAAAAGAUGUCAUUCGUAAAGAAGAGUUUACCGCCUUUUGUGGUAAAAAUUGGUCAAAGCCACAUAAAUUUUUGAGCUGUGUAAGCAAUCAAGUUGCUAGUCGCUUAGCAAUACAUGAAGUAUUCAAUAUGGAGUCGACAGUUCGCAUGGCAGCUGUUGAAAAUUUAGGAAAAUAUCAAACACCAAUAGUAAUUUCCGCGCUAGCAGAUCUUCUCGAUGAUACAGAUCCGAAUAUUCGUGCUAUUGCCUCCAUAGCACUAGCAAGAACAGGUGUUAAAAGUAAGAAACAUAUCGAUAAACUAAUAUUGUUACUUCAAGAUGAAGAUCGGCUGGUUCGUGAAAGCGCCUGCUUAUCUUUGGGACAUAUGAAGGCAGAAAGUUCAAUCAUAAACAUAUUAAAUCGAUGGCGUAAUGACCCUAUAUCUCAUGUAAGAGAAGCUGCCUUAAUCGCUCUAGAGGAAAUUGGUGGUGAAGAAGCCAAUGAGGCUAUCAGAGUUACGAAACUAUUAGGGAAUGAAAUGAAUGAACUAAAUUCUUAUUUAUUAUCUGAAAAUGUUCUGUAA